AUGCCGCCUAAAAAUGCUACGAACAAAAAAACUGAGCAAAAAAAAAAGGAAAAAAUUAUUGAAGACAAGACUUUUGGUUUAAAAAAUAAGAAAGGUGCGAAAACACAGAAGUAUGUUCAACAAGUAACAAAUCAGAUCAAACACGGCAAUGUAAAUCAAGCCAAAAUAGAAGCUGAAAGGGCUGCUGUUAAAAAGAAAGCAGCAGAAGAUGAAUUACGAGACUUAAAUAAACUUCUGAAACCUGUAGUUGAAAUGCCGAAAGUGGCUCGAGACAUUGAUCCAAAAUCACUGGUUUGUUUGUUUUUCAAACAAGGAAUGUGUCACAAAGGAGAAAAAUGCAAAUUUAGUCAUGAUUUGUCGAAAGACCAAAAGACAGCAAAAAAAAAUCUUUAUGUGGACAGCCGAGAUCUAGCAGGAGAAGAUGAUAAGAUGGAUGAUUGGGAUGAGUCGAAGUUAAGCGAAGUUGCAGAAAAAAAACAUGGUGAACAUGAUCGAAAACGAUCGAAUCAAACAGAUAUUGUUUGCAAAUAUUUUUUGGAGGCGGUUGAAAAUAAUAAGUAUGGUUGGUUCUGGGAAUGUCCGAAUGGAAAUGCUUGUAUCUAUAGACAUGCUUUGCCACCAGGAUAUAUUUUGAAAAAGGAUAGGAAAAAAUUGGAAGAACAAAAGCGACUAAAUGAAAUCAGUUUGGAAGAACUUAUUGAAAAAGAGCGUGCUCAGUUAAAUCCAGAUAAUCUCACCAAAAUUACUUUGGAAACCUUUAUUGCCUGGAAAAAGGACGAAUUGUUAAAACGAAGAAAACAAAUCUUAGAAGAAGAAAAGGAGAAAAAGAAAAAUAUCAGUGCUGGUAGAUCGGCUGGAAUGAGUGGCCGGGAUUUGUUUACGUAUAAUCCGGAAUUGGUGGGACAAGAGGAAGAUAUGGAGGGAGGUGUUGCGUUCGAAUUUGAUUAUGACGAGGUUGGAAGCUUUGAGAUUAAUGUGUUAACUUUUUAA